UGUGUGCAAAUUGAAAAGACAAAAGUUAGCAACGAUAUUGGCCAAAACGAGCAGCAGCAGCAGCAGCAAGAAAUUUUUUUUACUACCAACAAAAAAGACGCGAGCAGCGCAGCUGGCGACGACGCUAACAGCGACGCGCGACGUACAGAAAAAUUUGUGCAAAAAAUCUGUGAAAAUAAUUUAAAUGUAAACUUUUCGAGCAACUCGAGUGAAAAUGUGCAAAACGACAUAGCAGCAAGAACAACAUUUGGCAACUCAAAGGAGCACGAGCAAUCGUUGUUGCUGUUCUUGUUGGCGGAGGAACAGCAGCAGGAGAAGCAGAAGAAGGAGGAGCAGCAGGAGGCGACGCCAUUGUCAUUGCCAUAUUUGAAGCCAGACAACCGAUGGCAGCAGCAACUGCCAGUGUACGUUGCUGCUGGCCCAGUGCACGCCUCUGACGAGAAACGCGACCAGCAAUGCGCCAACAGAACAAUAUCUAACAAUUAUACGCUCAACGAUUGCGAUGAUCUAAAGGAGCCAGCGACUCGCAGCGACAACUCGAGCAGCGCAACAAGCUGCAACGAUAAGGAUCUUAUUGAUUUUGAGCACGAUUUGGCUGAUGAUUUUGUGGCCAGCCAAAGGCUGAAGCGCUUACAGCACAAUUUUCAGGGACGCGUUAACAGCAACGGCAACGGCAGCAGCAGCAGCAGCAGCAACAACAGCUGUAGUGAAGCUGUUGUAGUUGAUGAUUGUGUAAAGGCAUCCUUGAGACAGCAACAGCAACUAAUACAACUAAAUGCCAGCACAGCGACAAUAAGCAUAACAAAGAAACUACCCCCGCAGCCAGCAGCAGCAGCAGCAGCAGCAGCAGCAGCAACACCCAACAGCAGCGCUAUACAGGACAAUAAAAUAGUUGAAAGCGCGCUAUUGGCCGUGGCCCAAGGCUCAAGUGCAAUACAAUUAAAUCGAAAUUGUAUACAAGACAUUGCUAAUGAACAAAUUGGCAAAGCAAAUAGCAGACAGCAGCAGGAGCAGCAGCAGCAGCAGCAAUUGCUGAAUACGCAGCAGGAGUUCGCAGAGCGCGUGCGCUGUGAGAGCUGGGCUGAUAGCAGCAGCCAGGUGCUGAUUGAAAUUGAGACGCCAACAACAACAGCAAUACGCAGCGCCUUCGUGCCCACAGCUAGCGCAGACAACGAGAACGGCAACAGCAGCAGCAGCAGCAGCAACAACAACAGCAACAAUUGCAGCUCAUCAGCAGGCAAUUUUGUGGGCUCGCUUAGCGAAUUCGAUGUGCAGCGCUUUGGCGACUAUCUGAAGGCAGCGAGACAAUUGCAAUUGCUCGAUAUCAGGGCGAGCUCGGGUCAGAGUGAGCUGGCCGCGUGCAGCAAGCAGCGACGCGGCUAUCAGUGCUACGACGAGUUGCUAGCUGAAUUUGUUAGCGAGCAGCAGCAGCAGCGGCAGCCAGAGCGAGUUGGCAACAGCGAGAGCGAGAGCGAAAGUGAGAGCGAGAGCGAGAGCGAAAGCGUGUGCCAAUGCAAUGAGUGUCUAACAGUUCUAGCAGCAAAUUAUACAACAGCAGCGAGUGCAAGCGUUAACAAUACAACAGCAACAGCAGCAGCAGCAGCAACAGCAACAGCAGCAGCAAUUGACACAACAGCAACAAUUGCCACGGCAGAUCUAUUCAAGAUGCGCGAAAUGAAUGGUCAGCUGCGCGGUCUGCUUAAGAAGCCAAAUCGGCCGCCGCCAGCGCGCAAGAAUCGCGUCGUCUUCGAUGAGACGCGCAACGAGUUUUUCGAGGCGGACUACAUCAUAUUGAUACGCGAGGACUGCGCCUACGAUGAGGAGGACGAGGAGCCGUGCACCUGCGGCGAGCACGAGCUGGUGCGUCUCUGCUGCGAGGAGGGCUGCCAGUGCAACUAUGCGGUGAAUGCCGCUGACGCAGCCGAUGGACGAACGCCACAGAGCCCCAAAUUCCAGCCGCCAAUCGACUUUGUGGACGAUGCGGCGCUUAGUCCACCGGAUGGCUACAAGGACAACAGCUUGAAGAAUACGCUGGGCGGCGCGCUCAGCGGCCACAUCUUUGGGGCGCAGCAUCUGCAACAGUUGCAGGUGAUACAGCGUCUGCAGCAGCAGCGGGCCGCAAUGUUGGCGGCGCGCAACAGCAAUGGCAACAGUCAAGUACCGCCACCGCCGCCGCCUGUGGGCAGCGCUCAGCAACAGCAGCAGCAGCAGCAACAACAGCAGCAACAGCAACAGCAACAACAUCAUGCCACAUCACAGCAGCAGCAGCAGCAGGCCGAUGAGGACCUGCAGGGCGUUUGCACUGAGUGCGCCGAGUGUGCCGAAUGCGCCGCAAAGCAGCUACAGGAUGCAGAAUGCAGCGCCGCACAAUGCAACGAAGAGCUAACGCCCAUCGGCGUGCCAGCUGUGGCACUGCUGCCAUUGCACACCAGCUCACCGGAGCGUCGCAUCACGCAGAAGGAGAUCAUCGCCGGCGAGGAGCGGCCCAAAUAUGUGCUUCAAUCACAAUACAAGCCCUCAACAGCAGCAGCAGCAGCAGCAGUCAAAGUUAGAAAGGAUUCGGGCAGUAGCAGCAAGCCCGUCGCAAGCUCUAGUCCCGGUUCCGUUUCCGUAACCGGUUCCGGCUAUGGCACCAGCCUGGUGCCAGCAGCGGGCAUUAGCACAGCCAAGAAAAAAAGAUUUGUUGUUGAAACUAUUACCACUAUGACCACAGUGACCGAGCGACGCAUUAUACGCGAAGCGCCCGAGGAUCUGGCCGCCACAGCCGCUGCCAACGCCACUGGCGCUGGAGCUGGCUCCGCGCCAGCAUCGGACAUGCUGCCACCGGCGCUGCCGGCCAAGGCAAGUGCCACAGCAGCUGCAGCUGCAGCGGCAGCGGCAGCAGCCAAUGCUGCGGCAGGCACAGCAACUGGCUCGGAACAAUAUGACGAGGAGAAGCCGCCACCCAUACCGCCCAAGGAGCUAACAACGACCACACAGAUCAGCGGCAUACUCAAGGGCGGCAAACUCUGGAAGCAGGACUCCAUUUCGCAGCAAUCGGAUGACCAGAAUAACACCACCUCAGAGGAUGAAAGCGGCGCCACGAAGCGUUCGGUGCGUUUUGUUACCGAGGAUCAGGCGAAUGCCGGCACCGAUGGCGACGGUCAAUCGCUGUGCGGCGAGCUGGACGAUAGCGAGAACCAGAUCAACGAGCUGAUACCCAUUAAGAAGCAUUCGACCCUGUUCAAUAAUGCGUUGCGUCCCAAUUCGGCGGUACGCCAGCUAUUCCCCAGCGUCUCGGCACAGCAGGCGCCGGUGCUCACAUCGGAGGCAUUGCGUGCCUUUGACGAGUCGAAGCGUGCCGGCUGCCUGGUCACCCAUUUGCCUGGCAGCUGCGGCGAUUCCGACACCUUGCGGCGCAGCAUGGAGCGCAACAUCCUUCGACGCUCCCUGAUCAAGAAAAAGGCCGUCAAGUCGGACAUUUCGCUGGAGGAGCGCAUCAAGCAGCUGACCUGCGACAUUGAUGAGGAUCUGGUGGAGGAGCUGUCACGCGGCGUUGCCGAUGCUGAUCAGGAUCAGGAUUUGGCCAGCGAACGUGACUGCUCGGAGCUGGCACAGCGCGAUAGUCCCGCCGGUGAGGAGAAUCCCAAUACGCUCGCGCCCAAAUUCAUGAACGGCGAGAAGAGCUUCUCGCCCAGCAGCUCCGUCUCCAGCUCGUCCAGCGGCUCGUCGGCUUACAAGAAAAUCGCUGACAUUUUCAGUCGCGACAAGAAGCAGGAGAAGAUUAUGGAGCUGGAGGAAAAUCCUAUUGUUAUCAUACCACAGGAAUGCCGCUGCCCAGCCGCACCGGACUUGGGUAUGGGCAUCCAGGUGCCAGUGGUGCACACACAAAUCCAUCGAACGCCGCCGCGCCAAAACGAGCCGAAGCGCCAAUUCUUAUCGACCCUGGCGCCGCUGACCGCCUGCGUGGCUGGCAACAAGGACGAUCUGUCCUCCUACUAUACGCUGGCCGCAGCAGCGGCAGCCCAUCAGCAUGGACACGCGGCGCAUGCGCACGCCCACUAUGCGGCAGCCGCUGCCGCAGCUGACUACAACAUGAGCCAGCUGCUGGGGGCGGCGGCGGCAGCGGGCGUUGGCGAUGCUGCAGCACAGCAGGCGGCAGCUGCAGCGAUGGCAGCGCAGGGCUUGGCCUUGGGCGGAGCGGGCGGUGGGGGCGGAGCAGGCGGAGCUGGUGGAGUGGGCGGCGGCGCCGCUGGUGGGGACGAGGCACGCAAAGUGGCGCCGGAUGUAAUUGCCGGCACGCCCGGCCAGGAGACGACGCAACAGGACGAACUGGCCGCCUUUGCCCAGGCGGAGGCCAAGCGCACCGAACAGCUAAAGAAACGCUACACGGGCGUCGAGAGCGCAUCGCAAUGCCAGUCGCAGGCGAGCAGCGACGACGAUGAGCAGAACGAUUAUGGCUUCAAUAAGCGACCCUCGGUGCGCGGCAUCAAGCCCAAGUUUAGCUCCACCAACGAGAUCCUGGCCCAGAUGCAGGAGCAGCUCACACAGCAGAUACCCACAACGGUGAUCAGCAGCCAGCCGGUGCCGCAGGCCAUCAAGGGCUAUGCCAUGCCCAAUCAGCCCAAACAGAAUCCCUCGCCGCAAAACGUGUCACAGCAGCAGCAGCAGCAGCAGCAACAGCAGCAGCAGCAGCAGCAACAACAGCAGCAGCAGGCGGCACAGCUGCAGCAGCAAAUGGCCGCAGCGCUGCAGGCAAACACCAUUGCGCAGCAGAAGACGGAGCAGCGCACCUGGAGCUUCUACAGCGAGAGCGGGGAGCAGCAACGCUUUCCAGUGGACGCCGCUGCGGCGGCUGCCAUACAGCAGACCUACUAUCAGACGCUGCCAGCUGGGGCCAUGUUCCGCCAGACCAUGAUACAGCAGGGCGCCACAGAUGACGCCUCGCUGCUGUACGCAGCGGCACAGAACUGCCAGAGCGUCACGGCGACGGCAACCGCAACGGCAACGGCCAUCGAGCA